AUGCAGUUCACCGCCAUCAUCGCUCUUGCCAUCGCCGCCACUGGCGCUCUCGCUGCUCCCGGCUACGCUCCUCCCCCUCCUCCUCCCCCCCCCAAGGCUCCCAAGCCCCCGACCAACCAGGUCAUUCAGGCCGCCAAGUGCAGCUCCGGCGCUCCUUUCUGCUGCUCCACCUCUUCUGGUGACUGGACCAGCGGCGGCGAUGUCUACUGCUCCAAGCUCGAAAACCAAUGCAACAGCAUCGUUGUGUGCUGCAACCAGAACAACCAGGGCAAGUCUGGUGGCAACACCCAGGUCUGCGCCGCAUUCGGCAACGCCAAGGUCUUCUUCGAAUAA